CUUUAACAACUGUACCGAAACGUCAACGGUCCCCGAAAAAGCUUCUUAUCGCCGCUGACCUUCACCGUAGACCAAAACAACAGAUCCCGGUCUGGCCGGUACCGGACAGCAGUUUUCCGUGAAUUUUCUGGUCUACAAAGCCCAUCACUUUUCGUAAAAAACAACAACAACCCACAGCGUUAUGAUGGCAGCAACCAAGCGCGCCCUUGCCCUGAUCGCCCGCGGUUCGGAGGAGAUGGAGCUCGUCAUUACCGUCGAUGUGCUGCGCCGCUGUAAUGUCGAGGUUACCGUUGCGCUGGUGCAGGAGGCGGAGGGCACAGCGGCCGGCAAUACCGAGCCGCUCGUGGCCUGCUGCUCCCGCGGCGUUAACGUGAAGGCGGACACCACGCUGCAGGCGUACUUGGAGCAGCAGGCCACCACCGAUGACGGCCUGCCGGAUGCCAUCAUCCUCCCUGGGGGGCUCGAGGGUGCGAAAGCGAUGGCCCAAGCGCCGGCGGUCGGCGCACUGCUGGAGCGCCAGGCCCGGGUCGGCAAGCUGGUCGCGGCCAUCUGUGCCGCGCCGACGGUGCUGGCCGCCCACGGCAAGCUGUUCGCCGGCCGGCGUCUCACCUCCUACCCGUCCUUCCGGGAGAAGCUGCAGGCGGAUGGGUACCGGUGGGAGGAACCGGCGGCCGGCGGUCUCGGGCGGGUCGUGCGGGACGAGAACCUCAUCACCAGCCUCGGGCCGGCCACCACGUUCGACUUUGGGCUGGCGAUCGGGGCGGCACUGGUCGGGCAGGAGGUGGCCGACAAGGUUGCCGCCGGUCUGCUCUACAAGUGAGGCGGUCGAAGAAGGGGCCGCGGGGGACGAAACGAUGCGGACGAAAAGUUUCUCUAGUGUGUGUGUUUUUGUGAGUGCGCGUGUGUUACUUUUGGGGACUAUUAGCAGCGAAGACCAAACAUUGGAAAAAAGCGAUUUUAGGAAUCAGCUUGGGCUAAUUUAAAUGUGGACAGUUUGUUUUUGGUUUUGUUUGAAUGAGCCAACACAGAAUAAUAUGAUUAUCAAACUCAUUGAAAAAUAAAGCCAGUUUGCAAUAGUUGA